CUGUUUUUUCUUUGGAACCUUUCUUCUCUUCUCUUCUAUCGCCUUCGCUUCUCUCAUCUCUUUCCAAACCCCAUCUUCCUCUGUUCAAUUCAUCUUUAGGGUUAGGGUUAGGGUUAGGGUUUUUCUUCUCAAGCUCUUUAUCUCUAUCUAGGGUUAGGGUUUCGUUUCACUUUUUCUUCUUCUUUGGAUCUCGAUCUACUCCUUUCUCUUACUACAAUGGAUGCCCGCAAACGAGGGAGGGUUGAUGCUGCUCUUAACGGCUCCGUCAAGAAAACCAAACAAGAAAUGGACUCAACUGGUGUAGGAAGCAAAACGAAGCCUUGUACCAAGUUUUUCAGCAUUGCUGGCUGUCCAUUUGGUGAGGGUUGUCACUUCUCGCAUCAUGUUCCCGGUGGUUAUAAUGCUGUUGCCCAGAUGAUGAAUCUAAAACCUGCUGCACCUCCUAGAAAUGUUGCCGCCCCACCGCCAGUCUCUAACAAUGGUUCUGCACAACAUGCUGUUAAAAGCCGCAUAUGUAACAAGUUUAAUUCUCUUGAAGGCUGCAAAUUUGGUGACAAGUGCCAUUUUGCCCAUGGUGAAUGGGAACUCGGUAAACCUUUUGCUCCAUCAGUUGAUGAUCACCGUCUAAUGGCACCUACAAAUGUUGGUCGUAUGCCUGGUCGAGUUGAGGCUCCUUCUGGUCUGGGCGGUACUAGCUUUGGUGCCAAUUCCACUGCCAAGAUCAGUGUAGAAGCUUCUUUGGCUGGAGCUAUCAUUGGAAAGGGUGGUGUGCACUCGAAGCAGAUAUGUCGCCAAACAGGAGUCAAAUUUUCAAUUCGAGACCAUGAAACUGACCCAAAUCUUAGAAACAUUGAACUUGAGGGAACGUUUGAUCAAAUUGCACAAGCAAGUAACAUGGUAAAAGAUUUACUUUUGACUCUAUCAGUGUCUGCCCCACCUAAAUCCACCCCGGGUGCUCCUGCUGGUGGUGGCCCAGCUGCACCUGGAAGAAACAUCAAGACCAAGCUGUGUGAGAAUUUUGCUAAAGGAUCCUGCACAUUUGGAGAAAGAUGUCACUUUGCCCAUGGAGCUGCUGAAUUGCGAAAGCUAGGAGUCUAAAAUUGACCUUGGUCAGGUGUACUUUUUUCUUCUUUUGUUAGUCAGGGCUAUUACUACUAUUGUUUAUUAAUAAUAUUAUUAUUAAUCUUAUUGUUGUCGAUUGCUACUUAGUAGUGGUACUGACAUGACUUCUGAUGUCAUAGUUUUACUGUUUUCAAGUUUAUUUUCGAAGCGACUUAUUGUUGUUUGCUGCAAAUGGGUUUCUACUUUUGUUUGUUACUACUACUUUUCCUUU